AACGACACAAAGCAGUGAAGAAGAGUAACGACCGUACGUUAAAAUCAUCCAUCUUCUAUUUAGAGACUCGCGGCCAUUCCGAAUCCGAGUUGAAAAGAGUAAACAUCGACCAUCAUGGGAGCCGUUCUGGGCUUGUGCUCCAUGGCGAGCUGGAUCCCGUGUCUGUGCGGCAGCGCCCCCUGUCUGCUGUGUCGCUGCUGUCCUAGUGGAAAUAACUCAACGGUGACUCGCCUCAUAUACGCCUUCUUCCUUCUGCUGGGAGUGGGAAUUGCUUGCAUCAUGCUGAUGCCUGGCAUGGAGGAGCAUUUGAAGAAGAUUCCAGGAUUUUGUGAGGGAGGAACGGGUUCAUCCAUCCCUGGCAUGAAGGGUCAUGUGAACUGUGACGUGCUGGUUGGCUACAAGGCUGUGUACCGCGUUUGUUUCGGCAUGGCCAUGUUUUUCCUUCUCUUUUCUCUGCUAAUGGUCAAAGUCAAGAGCAGCAAAGACCCCCGAGCUGCACUGCAUAAUGGGUUUUGGUUCUUCAAGUUUGCAGCAGCUGCUGCUAUCACCGUUGGAGCUUUCUUUAUCGCAGAGGGUUCCUUUACAACCGUGUGGUUCUACAUCGGUAUGGCGGGUGCAUUCUGCUUUAUCCUCAUCCAGUUGGUUUUGCUCAUUGACUUUGCCCAUUCCUGGAACGAGUCCUGGGUCGAGAAGAUGGAGGAGGGUAAUUCACGCUGCUGGUAUGCAGCCCUGCUGUCUGCCACUGCUCUGAACUACGUGUUGUCCCUGGUGGCCGUUAUCCUUUUCUACAUCUAUUACACCCACACUGAUGGAUGCACUGAGAACAAGGUCUUUGUCAGCAUCAACAUGUUGCUCUGCCUUGGGGUGUCUGUUAUUUCCGUCCUGCCUCAGAUCCAGGAGUCCCAACCCCGCUCUGGCCUGCUGCAAUCCUCUCUGGUGACUCUGUACACUAUGUACUUGACCUGGUCUGCAAUGACCAAUGAGCCUGAUAGAAAGUGCAACCCGAGCCUUCUCGGUAUCAUUGGGUUGAACACCACCACCCCUGCAACUGAGGACCAUGCAGUCCAGUGGUGGGACGCCCAGGGCCUUGUGGGAUUGAUCCUCUUCCUCAUGUGUGUCCUAUACUCCAGUAUUCGCAACUCAUCCAACGCCCAGGUGAACAAACUGACUCUCACGAGUGAUGAGUCCGCUCUGAUCGAAGACGGACCUCAGGGUGACAACUUUGAGGAGGGCGAUGGGGCCAACCGGGCUGUGGACAAUGAGAAGGACGGAGUCACCUAUUCUUAUUCCUUCUUCCAUUUCAUGCUGUUCUUGGCUUCACUCUACAUCAUGAUGACUCUCACUAAUUGGUACAGCCCUGACUCCAACUACGAAGCCAUGACGAGCAAAUGGCCCGCUGUGUGGGUGAAGAUCUCCUCUAGCUGGAUCUGCAUCGCUCUCUAUGUGUGGACGCUGGUGGCCCCACUAGUCCUGGUCAACAGGGACUUUGAGUGAAACACACUCAUUGUCCCCACCGCUUGCACAUUUUAGCCGUUCUCAGCUUAGCUUGUGUUUUAUUACUGCAAAGCCCAUAAAAAGUAGGUGUGAUUAAGCUGUUUGGUAAAUAGGAUUUUAUUUCUGCUUUUAAUUUUUUGUGUGUUCCAUCUCCAAAUUGCAGCCAAGUCUCUUUUGCUUGUUAUUGUGACUCUAAAGCAAUGUGGUUCCUGUUGUAAAUAUAUUAAUGUAUGUUUCCCCGUUAUUUCUAUUAAAAUUGUUGCAUGCGUUUAUUUUAAAAUCUUAAGUGACCUCUGCUUGAGAAUUUGAGGGGUGUAAUCAUUAUUUGGACAAAUGUGGUAAAUCUGUAAGUGAACUCAUUUCCGUCAUGCUGGAACAAAAAAUAAGAACAAUUUCCAAAGUGAU